AUGCUCUUCAUGGCAGGCCAUGCAGCCAGCUGGUCCCUGAGGGCCCUGGGACCCCAUGGCACCACCCAAGCCUUGUACGCUGUUCUCUUAGCAGUGCUGGUCAUGAGGAACUCGGUUCUCGGUAAGUGGCUCCAGAGCGGUGCUUCUCCACCCCAGUCACUUCCACUAGACAAGUACCUACAUUGCUACCGAUGUCUACUGGAGACCGAAGAGCUGGGAUGCAUCCUGGGGUCUGACACCUGCCUCACACCUCUGGGCAGCAGCUGUGUCACCCUGCACAUAAAGAAUAGCAGCGGGUUUAAUGUCAUGGUGAGCGACUGCUACAGCAAGAAGCAGAUGGUCCGGUGCUCACAUACCCGUGCUUCCCCGGUGUUUGGCUUUUGGGUAUUCUAUCAGUGUUGCUUCCUGGAUUUCUGCAACAAUCCGGAGAACAGAAAGAUAACUAUGCACUAGGGCAGCAGGAACCCGCCACGUUCAGCCAGCCGCCCUCUGGAUUGGAUUUCCAGCUGGGCCCAUCCGGAACA